CAAAGAAAUCAUUCCUUCUUCUUCAGUUCUUCUCCUCUUUAUAUAAAAUCCAAACGCGCUCCCAAAACGCAAUCUCCGCCGACCGCUUUCGAAUGCGACGCCGCUCACCGGCGACGCCCGAAGAUGAAGCCGGCCGCCGUCGAAGCUUCUUUCGUAGCUCUGCUUCUUCUUGCUUCAGCGCUGCGGUGGCCGCGAGGCGCCGAGGCGCGCCUCCUGGUCGAGAUGACGCUGGUCCGCAACGCCUCUUCCAUCGGAGCCCUUUGUUUGGACGGAAGCUUGCCGGCGUAUCACCUGCACAGAGGAUUCGGCGCCGGAACGGGAAACUGGCUUCUACAGUUCGAGGGCGGAGGGUGGUGCAACGAUGUAAAAUCGUGUUUGGAAAGAGCGAGUACCCGGAGAGGAUCGACUCGUCUCAUGACCAAAUGGGAAGACUUCUCUGGCAUUCUUAGCAAUAAUGCCUCUCUUAAUCCAGAUUUUUACAACUGGAACCGUGUGAAACUCAGGUACUGUGAUGGAGCCUCGUUUGCAGGAGAUGCGUUGUUUGACAAUGGGACCUCACUGCUUUAUUUCAAAGGCCAAAAAAUAUGGGAAUCCAUCAUUCUUGAUCUUCUCCCCAAAGGAUUGGCCACAGCACAGAAGGCUUUGCUUUCUGGUUGCUCUGCUGGAGGUCUAGCAGCCUUUCUGCACUGUGAAAACUUCACCAAGUAUUUGCCAACAAACGCCACUGUCAAGUGCUUGAGUGAUGCUGGAUUUUUCCUUGACUUAAGAGAUAUAGGUUUAAACCACACCAUGAGGAACUUCUACAAGGAUCUUGCGGCUCUGCAGGGGAUGGAGCCAAAUCUGAAUGAAAACUGCACAGCCUCCUCUUACUACCCAGAUUUGUGCAUCUUCCCUCAGUACUCGUUGAAGUACAUAACAACUCCAUUUUUCAUUCUGAAUUCAGCAUACGAUGUUUACCAAUUUCAUCACGGAUUGGUACCGCCAUCUUCUGAUCUGCACGGACACUGGAACCACUGCAAACUCGAUCCAGCAGCUUGUAGUGAACAACAGAUUGAUGUAUUGCAAGGUCUAAGGAUGAGUAUGCUUUCUGCACUAAGAUUAUUCUACGAAUAUUCAAGCAGAGGAGGAAUGUUCAUAAAUUCUUGUUUUGCCCAUUGCCAAAGUGAGUCACAAGACACAUGGUUUGCAGAGAACUCCCCAACAAUAGACAACAAGACCAUAGCAGAGGCAGUUGGAGAUUGGUACUUCAGCAGGAGGAGGAACAUAAAGGAAAUUGAUUGUGCUUAUCCAUGUGACAGUUCUUGCCAUAAUAUUAUACCAUAAACUCUGGUUCUGACAGACAAUUUGUAGAACAUUCUUUUGAAAAGAUUAAGAAAGGGAAGAUAGGUGACCAUGGGAACUUCUUCACACAGGGGAGGAGGAGACACACAGAAGCUAGCAAUACACAUACACAGAUGAAUAAACAGCACAAAUUAAAAUAUUUUUUUAAGAAAGAGAAAGUUGAAAUAAAAAGGAUUUUUUUUUUGGAAAUUCAAUCUAUAAUAUGUUUAUUGUGAUGUGUCAUUCCAUUUGUCUGUAUUCUAAAAUUUCUUCAUUUUUGAAGAUGCACCAGUUCUGAUGUAAUCAACUUUUAUGAGUUUAUUAAAACAUUCCCAAUUACGUCUUUUAGGAA